AUUACAAGGGGCAGCUUGAAACGGGUCCUUCAAAUCCAUCACUUCAACGUUCGGCCGCUCUCAUGUUGUGAUUAGUUUUCGAGAAGAAAGUCAGAAUGAUUCAGAAAAUACUAAAUAAAUUUGUUGGUGCCAAAUAUAUCUCAAUUCUGAGGACAUGGGUACCAAAUAUGGUUGCCUGGGGAACAGUUGGCGGUGUGGCGGUCAUUCACUUCACCGACUGGCGGUUAAUUCUGGACUAUGUGCCGUAUGUUAACGGGAAGUUUAAGAAGAACGAAUAAAGAGAGGUGUAGGAUGACCAGGACUCUGGGCACAUGGCUGGACUUCUCUAGCAGCAAGUUUAAGUAGGAUGGCUUGUCUCUGCAGGCUAUACAUGAUGCACUCUGUAAAAAUGCUUCUUUUUGAUCCAUUGUUGUAAGAUGUGAAUAAAUUAUUAAUUUAUCCUAAUGUUUCCAAGAUGUCUUGUAACUUUCAACUAUUAAAAGGGUUUUGCUUAAAAA